AUGGCACAAACGACGGAUAAAGUCGUAUAUAAUGAGAUGAGUGUAGACGAAGAAUUAAUGGAAUUUUCUUUGGGAAAGAAGAUGAAAAAGCAUCGACCACCCAAACGAUCAUCGUGGUCGAGUACCCUUGCAAGCAAUCGAAUGAAAAUUCUUUGCACAAGUUUAGUGCUUGUUUCAGUUGUAGCUGGUUUAUUGGUGUAUUCGGCUUCUUCGAAAUCAUCAUCGAAAAAGGACAUCAACGAAGAAAAUGAUCAAGUUGAUGCAGUUCCCCAAUUGCGGUCGUAUACGAGGUAUGAAGGACGUCGACCACCAGCAGAUAUGGGCCGCAUGAGUGUCUAUAUGAACAAUGAUAAUCGAAGGUCAUAUAAAAAAUAUGAUUUUCCUGUUGCACGAUAUUCACGCCAAUAUAACCCAUUACGUGGUCCAUUCCUCAAUUUUAUGCCAUGGGUUCCUAUAUUUGCUGAUCGAUUUACCAAACAAACAAUCAUUUAUUCACCAACUGGCCUUUACAUUCUUCCGCCAUUGGUCAAUACAUACGGUCACUUAUUUUCAGUUGCUCAGCUACUUGCUUCAGGCUAUGCAAGUUUAGUCGGUAGCGGAUCAUCAUUGUAUGGAAACAUCGAUAUGCUUCGUUAUUUUCAACCGCUACCUUUGCUUGGUCCUGGUAUUCCGGCGAUCAGUUCUAUAACAGGUGGUUUUGGCAGUGCAAUGCGUGGUGAUUUUGGUUCAUUUCGAAAGGCUCGAAAUUAUCGACCAAGACCGAACAUUGAGUAUCCACAGGAAAAAUAUGAUGACAGUGGCGAUGAUAAUAAUAAUUAUCCAGAGCGAGAAAGAGAAGAUGAUAACUAUGGACCGUAUCCAAAUUCAUACGAAGACAACAGACCACAAAAAACAAAGAGACCUCCAAGAAGAACGACAACCACACGUGCAGGUAAUCCUAUCACCACAACAUCAUCAACAACAUCAUCAUCGACAUCGUCAACAACAUCAUCGUCGACAUCAUCGACAUCGUCAACAACUUUAGCACCAGAUAGUGUACCAGCUUGUCAAUCCGAUGCCAAAGCCCGUACUCCAUUCACUAUCAUACCGUUUCAAGAUGAAUUCAAAAAUCCACCAGUUUACGUACCACUAUCAAGAGAAUGUCGUGAAGACAAUCAUUGCAUGUUUUCUUACUCAGUCGAUGUUUUCGACACGAGAUUAUCGCCAUUCAACAACAUUAUACCCGCAUGUGCAUCCAAACCAGGAACAAUAUUUAUCACCUAUAACGGUUCCGUACCCGGACCAACAUUUAUUCUUCCAACUGGACACGAAGCACUCGUUCGAUUUAACAACAAAAUCGAGAAUUUUUUCAAGGAUAGUUUUCCACCAUGUUCUGGUACUCGAACCGGAAGACCGAUUGGUAUUCAUCAUCACGGUUCUGCAAGUAUUGCACCUUAUGAUGGAUGGGCUGACGAUGAAACAUGUCUACAUGAAACCAAAGAAUAUGUUUAUCCAGAUAAUCGACCAGCUAUGGAAUGGUACCACGAUCAUGCACUUCACAUAACAGCUGAAAAUGCUUACUAUGGCUUGGCUGGCUUGUACAUAGUUAGUUCGAAAAAGAAGUGCGGNAUUGUCACUGUAUAUCAAAUGGCACAAACGACAGACAAAGUCAUAUAUAAUGAGAUGAGCGUAGAUGAAGAACUGAUGGAGUUUCCUUCGGGAAAGAAGACGAAAAAGCAUCGGGCACCCAAACGAUCAUCGUGGUCGAGUACCCUUGCAAACAAUCGAAUGAAAAUUCUUUGCACAAGUUUAGUGCUUGUUUCAAUUGUAGCUGGUUUAUUGGUGUACUCUGCUUCGUCGAAAUCAUCAUCGACAAAGGAGAUAAACGAAGAAGAUAAUCAAAGUGAUGCAGUUCCCCAAUUGCGGUCGUAUACAAGAUCUGAAAGACAUCGACUACCAGCAGAUAUGGGCCGCAUGAGUGUCUAUAUGAACAAUGAUAAUCAAAGGUCAUAUAAAAAAUAUGAUUUUCCUGUUGCACGAUAUUCACGCCAACAUAACCCAUUGCGUGGUCCAUUCCUCAAUUUUAUGCCAUGGGUUCCUAUAUUUGCUGAUCGAUUUACCAAACAAACAAUCAUUUAUUCACCAACUGGCCUUUACAUUCUUCCACCAUUGGUCAAUACAUACGGUCACUUAUUUUCGGUUGCUCAGCUACUUGCUUCAGGCUAUGCAAGUUUAGUCGGUAGCGGAUCAUCAUUGUAUGGAAACAUCGAUAUGCUUCGCUAUUUUCAACCGCUACCUUUGCUGGGCUCUGGUAUUCCAACGAUCAGUCCUAUAACAGGUGGUUUUGGCAGUGCAAUGCGUGGUGAUUUUGGUACAUUUCGAAAGGCUCGAAACUAUCGGUCACGACCGAACAUCCAGUAUCCACAAGAAAAAUAUGAUGAUAGUGGUGAUGAUGAUGAUGAUGAUGAUAAUUAUCCCGAGCGAGAAAGAGAAGAUGAUAACUAUGGACCGUAUCCAAAUUCAGAUAAAGACAACAGACCACAAAAAACAAAGAGACCUCCAAGAAGAACGACAACCACACGUGCACGUAAUCCUACCACCACAACAUCGUCGACAACAUCAUCGACAUCGUCAACAACAUCAACAACUGUACCACCAGAUAGUGUACCAGCUUGUCAAUCCAAUGCCAAAGCCCGUACUCCAUUCACUAUUAUACCGUUUCGAGAUGAAUUCAAAAAUCCACCAGUUCACGUACUACUAUCAAGAGAAUGUCGUGAAGACAAUCAUUGUAUGUUUUCUUACUCAGUCGAUGUUUUCGACACGAGAUUAUCUCCAUUCAACAACAUUAUACCCGCAUGUGCAUCUAAACCAGGAACAAUAUUUAUCACCUAUAACGGUUCCGUACCCGGACCAACAUUUAUUCUUCCAACCGGACAUGAAGCACUCGUUCGAUUUAACAAUAAAAUCGAGAAUUUUUUCACAGAUAGUUUUCCACCAUGUACCGGCACUCGUACAGGAAGACCGAUUGGUAUUCAUCAUCACGGUUCUGCAAGUAUUGCACCUUAUGAUGGAUGGGCUGACGAUGAAACAUGUCUACAUGAAACCAAAGAAUAUGUUUAUCCAGAUAAUCGACCAGCUAUGGAAUGGUACCACGAUCAUGCACUUCACAUAACAGCUGAAAAUGCUUACUACGGCUUGGCUGGCUUGUACAUAGUUAGUUCGAAGCAGAAGUACGGCGGGUGUGGUGAACCAUGGAAUUUAGACGAUAUCGAAGAGAAAUUUCUGAUUUUACAAGAUAAAGUGCUCGAUUCUGAAUGUCAAUUAGUUAUCGAUAAAGACAAUGUCGAUAAAAUAAGUUUCUAUGGUGACAUUAAUUUGGUGUCUGGUAUUCCAUAUCCUUACAUGAAUCUUGAUCCAAAAUGGUACCGAUUUCGAUUUCUAAAUGCUGCUGUGUCUCGUCCGUAUGACAUCUCAAUCAAAAACGCUGCACUUCAAGAUAUUUCUCAAGACAUAUGUCACAUUAUUGCAAGUGAUGCAGGAUAUCGACGAGAACCUUUAGCAUUUCCUGCCGACGGCCUAUUAAUCGGUGUCGCUGAACGAUAUGAAAUCGUUUGUGACUUUUCAGCAUAUGCAGGUCAAACAUUAUAUCUCUGGAAUGGUAUCAAUGAAAAAUACAUGAAAGACGUCGAAUAUUUCUGUUACAGUCAUUACGUCGCUAAACUCAUUGUCUCAACAAAAACCGAUCCUACGGCAGCAAAAUUCGAUGGAAGUCUUACGUCAAUCGUACCAGAAAAACCAGUCGAACGUGUCUUAACUAGCGCAGACAUUGACGCAGCUCAAAAAUUGAUCGAAGAUGAUCAACCACAUCGCACUAUGGUAUUUGAAAGAAGACGCAAUCAAUGGGUUAUUAACGGUGAGACUUGGGACUCAGCAAAAAUUGCUGCCAAAGAUGUCGGACAAAACACUUGGGAACUCUGGCUCUUUCGAACAGGCGGUGGUUGGUUUCAUCCUGUUCAUGUACAUCUAGUCGACUUUUACAUUCUUCUCCGUGAUCGUGAUGGUGGUGUUAAACCUUACGAACAACUUUCACCAAAAGAUAUCAUAUAUCUUGGCCCAAGUCAAGAUAUUUAUGUUAUUGUAAGAUUCGGUCCACACAAAGGUGAUUAUAUGUUUCAUUGUCACAAUCUUAUUCAUGAAGAUGAUGAUAUGAUGAGAGCUUUUGCUGUUAUCAACAGUACAGAUGGAGAAAAUCCGGCAUCAGCACAACCAUUCCUUCGUAACAAUCUUACGAACAUUGUUUAUGCCAACUGGAAGUACAGUGAUCCAAUGCUAACUGAACUCGUUGCAAAACCAACGUCACAGAUGCCAACACUCGAUGCAGAGUAUUUACAGAAAAUGCUGACAACUAAUAUUUAUCGAAUUUUCUAUCCAGUUGUUCCCGAUGAUAAUGAAUUGAACGGCAAUUCAAAUCCUUGGAAAUCACAAUGGUGUACAUUGUCACCCACGUGA